UCAUUCAAACUUCAACAUGGGAAGAUUAGUCGUUGUUGCUGUCGUGUGUUUCGUGGUAGUUUCGGGCACCGUUCACGACGACACAGAGGUUUCAGAGUUGAGAGAAGAGGUCAAAGAACUGAAGCAGAUCCUGCAGCAUUCAGGCAUCACGCGCCGGGAAACGGAUGAAGAGAUCACCAUAGGUAAGAGAGGCAUGUACAGUCGCCGAGGUGUUGAAGCCGAUGUGAGGAAAAUAUACAACGAGGUCCGGGAAUUGAAAACUAUGCUGACGCGUGUGGAAGAAGGUGUUACUGAACAAAAGGCUUGUCUACGUGACCAAAGUGACUUAGUUGAGAACAUCAGGAACUACUGCGUCGGAGGCGGAACAUCAACAUCAACAGCGGCACCGUCUACGGCGAACGUCAUUCCCACUACUGGAGUUCCCGACAAAAAACCGCCCCCUCCUGGACUCUUCCUUGUGGGGACAACACGCACGACAGUGGAGCUGGUGAUAACACCCCCUCCGAACUAUGGAGACCGGGGGGUCACGUGGUAUCAAGUGCGUCAUACUACUUCCGGUUCUGAUGUCAACUACGAUGUUAAGGGUGAACUUAUGGAUCCUCGGCAUUUUUUGCUGACGGGUUUGAUGCCCGACACGCAAUACACUAUACUAGUGAGAGCAGGAUACGACGCUGAGUACGGCGAAACCGCAAACGUUACAGCAACAACGCUGCGUAGGACCCUCCCGUCAGCUCCAGUUGUAACCAUUGGUGAAGUCACAAAGAACUCUGUGGAGUUACUGAUAUCGAAACCAGCAUCCGAUGAAGACAUUGACAUCGAUGCGUAUUUAAUAUCAUUUCCAAAGGGGCUUGAUAUCCACCGGUAUGCCAUCAGCCCCACGCCACCCGUCACCAGAUUUGUGGUCAAUGGGUCAUUGACUCUGCCUGUUGUCGUCCACGCAGGAUCUCGUAGGCAGAACGGUCCAGAUCUGCUUGUUCUGGCCUCUCCUUUGAUAGACCAUACGGAACACAGGGGCUGAUUCCUGGUAAUCCUACAAGGGUUACCUCCCUUUACUCUCUCCACUGAUGUCCAGAGGCGACAAAGAUCUGUAACUAAAGCAACUUAUUGUAAAUGGCCACAUAAAAUAGGUUUCUUGUUUCUCAUUACGUUUUUUAAAAAUGGGUUGGUAGGGUGGAUUUUAUUAUUAUUUCUUUCAAUAUUUGUUUCUGAAUCUCUAUACAAUGUUAGUCGAAAACCUGAAAUGCCGGAAUCUGAGACGGAUUUCGGAAGUCUGUCGGCUAUACACGCAAAUUUAUCAGUGCAAAAAAUAUAACCAAAAUUUAGGGUCGGGCGGUAAUAAGAAACAAGAAGUUAUUUUUAUGGCCGUCCUAAUGCUGAUUUAUGAAUGUCAAUAAAUCGUUAUUUAUUCUCAAA